CCCUCAUAGCCCUUAAAGUCCAAGUGCGAGUUUUCAAUCACUCUCAAGCCGUUUUCAUCUAAUUCCUACUCCAAAAAAAAAUUUGAUCUGCUUGUUCUUUGUAAAUCUAAUCGAAAACAUCAAAAGAAAAAAAAGAAACAACUUUGGCAGUUCAGACUUCAGAGACUGUUUUUGUUUAUUGGACUAGCCAGUGAAGAAUUAAUUAAGGAGAUAGCUAUGGAAUUCGUAGCUAAUUUUGUGGACAAAGUCGCAGAAUACUUGAUACUGCCAGUUGCGCGACAGAUUGGGUAUUUGUUUUACUAUAGGCGCAACAUCAGGUCUCUGGAUGAAGAAUCUAAUAAGCUCGAGAAUAUCAGAAGUGGGGUGAAUCAAAGAGUGGAGGCUGCCCGGAGAAACUUACAAGUCAUUUCACCCAAUGUUGAGGCUUGGUUAACUAGUGUUGAUACUACUACUGCUGAUGUGGCAGUUGUAAUCGGAGGUCGAACUGAGGUUGAAAGGGGUUGCAUCUAUGGUUGGUGUCCCAAAUUGAAGUCACGUUACUCGCUGAGCAGGAGAGCCAAGAAAAUUACACUGGAAGUUGCUAAACUUCAAAACGAAGGUAACGAGCAUGCUGUUUUCUGCUAUCGGGUUCCAGCUGAUGAAAUUGAAGCUAUACCUAGUAACACUAAUGAGGAGUUUGUCUCCAGAAAACAAAAGAAGGAAGAGGUCAUGGCAGCUUUGAGAGAUGAGGGGAUUACUAUUGUUGGGAUAUGUGGUAUGGGUGGUGUUGGUAAAACAACACUGGCUGAGGAAGUAAGAGCAAGGGCAAAACAAGAAAGGUUAUUUAAUGAUGUUGUCAUGGUAACUGUCAGUCAACAACAAGACCUGAAAAGAAUUCAGGGCGAGAUCGCCGGAGAGGUCGGGCUGACGUCAUUGCAAGGAGACAAUUUGUUAAGUCGUGGAGAUCAGCUGCGUGCAAGGUUAAUGCAAAAAGGAAGUCGCGUCCUUGUAAUUUUGGAUGAUGUUUGGGAGGCUCUUGAUGAUCUAGAGAAAUUUGGAAUUCCCACUGGUAGCAACCACAACUAUCAGUGCAAAGUGGCAUUGACGACGCGCCUCCGAGAUGUUUGUGACGCUAUGGAGGCUCAAAAGAUUGUAGAUGUUGGAAUCUUAUCUGAUGAAGAAGCAUGGGUCCUUUUUAGGCAGAAAGCCGGUUAUUCAGCUGAUGAUCCCUCUCUUCCUGAAGUAGCAAAAGAUGUUGCCAAAGAAUGCAAGGGGUUGCCACUUGCAAUUGUUACUGUUGCAGGAGCACUAAAGGGUAAAACGAAGCCUUCAUGGGAGGAUGCCCUUGUAGAAUUACAAAAAUCAGUACCAAAAAAUAUCCCAAAAGUGCUUACAAAGGUGUAUCAACCUCUGAAGACAAGCUAUAAUCACUUAGAGAGUGAUGAAGCCAGGUAUGUCUUUUUGCUUUGUUCCUUGUUUGAGGAAGAUAGUAAUAUUUGGACCGAAGAAUUACUUAGAUAUGGAGUGGGGCUUGGCAUCUUUUCAGAACUCGAAAAUUUAGAACGUGCAAGAAAUAGGGUGUCUAAUCUGUUAGAAACAUUGAAAAAUUGUUUCUUGUUAUCCCAAGGUUCAGGUAAAGAUUAUGUCAAAAUGCAUGAUGUGGUCCGGGACGUGGCUAUAUAUAUUGCAUCUGAGGGUAAGCAUAUUUUUAUGGUAAGUCACGAUGUGAACUCCAAAGAGUUCCCAAGAAAAGACUCUUACGAGCAAUAUAGUCAUAUGUCAAUUGUUGCAAAUAAGUUUGAUGAGCGUCCCAGACCAAUAUCUUGC